AUGUCAUUCAAGGUCAACUGGAACACUCUAGAAACCGAUUCUUUGCGUGAGUGGACAAGCCAACUCCUCACGGAUGCAUUGAACUCGGGCAAACGACCCCCUAUUCUUGCUUCGGAUAUACAAAUUAAAGAUUUAAAUUUUGGGAAGGUGGCGCCGGAUUUCGAAAUCCUCGAUAUCGGCGAACUCGACCUGGAUCGGUUCCGAGGGAUCUUCAAGAUCAACUACAGUGGCGAUUUCCAUCUAACACUACACACGCGGGUUCAAGCGAAUCCGUUGACAAUUUACCAGGAAAACUCAAAUGCUUCGGACGCGGCGUUUGUGACGCCCAAUUUCUUGCUUGCAAGUGACCCGUUUGCGUUGCCAUUGGACCUCAAGUUGAGCGAUAUCCGCAUCCUGGGAAUUGGUAUCAUUGUAUUUCUGCGGUUGAAGGGACUCACGUUGGUGUUUAGAAACGACCCGUUGGAUUCCAUUAAAGUUACGUCGACUUUUGAUACCGUUCAGGUUCUUGCCAAGUUUCUCCAGAACCAAAUUGAAACCCAGAUAAGGGACUUGUUCCGUGAAACACUUCCUACCCUCAUUCACCGUCUUUCAUUAAAAUAUUUGUCCAGUGACGACUCCAGUUUCUUGGAUGAUCUCCGUCCGCAAUUGGCUGCUCUUCACGAAGAAACCGUUUCCUUGAUGGACAUUGAUCCCGACGUUCCUUACUCCCCUGAAAACCUUUCCCGAGUGCUGGCACUCUUCAAGUCUCGUGAGACUUUGCGGUUGGCAGUGCCAAAGAUUCGCCACUCGGUGCAGCGGUGCCGCCUCGAGAAAUUUACAAAGACACAACCCAGCUUGGUUCGCUGCUUGCACGACAACCUCAACCUCGAUUUGGUUGCUGCACCUCAACAUACCAACGAAAUUCCCGUCGAAUUGGUAUCGGGAGCAGACUUUAGCAAGACCAACCAUGUCUUGCGCGAGAUUUCUAGCAUCCAAGCAAGCAACUACUACCGUAGCUCGUCGAGCCGUCCCAAGCGGCGGGUCAUCAAGCUUGGCUCCAAGAAAUCGCUGGUUAAAUCGACACCACUGGCGGAAACUCUCGCAUCGCCAAUUCCAAGUGAAAUGUCUUCUGCUACUGCUUCGGAGCAUGUCUCGCCCACAAAGUACUACCAGAACGACUCGCACAUCUCGCUCUACCACCCCAAACCUCGGCAGGCCGACGGGGCCGCAGCGUUACAGCUUGCCAAUCCACAAUCUUAUUUAUAUCACAACGUGAGCAGCACACCCCAGCUCCCCUCCAACAGCUCCUUGUUGGCAGGAAUUGGCCUCGGCAACAACUACUUCAACUUUGCCAGUCAGUCGCAAAUCUCCACGUCUCCUAUUCGCCGGUCGAGCCAGGAACUUGAAGACAAAAAGGUCACCGGCAAGAAGUCCAUCAACCACCUUGACAUUGCCCAGCUCAACUCGAAACUCAAUGCUACUCUUCACACAAUUCCGGACGUGAAACUGCACCCUGGUACCGGUCGCAAGUUGGACACUGGGUUUGAAAUGCCGCCUCCUCCACCAUACCAGGUCUAG